GAUAAACAUAAAAUCAGUGAGAGUGUGUGGAUAAAUUGUUUAUGUGUACUCUUCAUCCAGUGAAUAUUUUGGAUUAGUUUUAACAGCUGUUUACAAAGUCAUGGGGGACCAGCGGGUGGAGCGAAGGCUGGUUUACUCCCGACCACAAUGGGCCAGCUUCCAGACCAACGGAGGAGUUCCCCGGUCUCCCCCACCCCCCACCACACCACCUCCUCAUUCCCCACCACCCGCCAACAGUCAGCGACCAACACUCAACCCUGAGCAAAUCUGCGAUCUAGUCUGUAAGGUGAUGCUGCUGGGGGACUCGGGAGUCGGCAAAACUUGUCUACUAGUACGAUUUCGGGACAAUUUGUUUUUGUCUGGAAACUUCAUUUCCACAGUUGGAAUUGACUUUAGGAACAAAGUGGUAUCUGUUGAUGAAGCAAAAGUCAAGUUACAAAUCUGGGACACAGCAGGACAAGAAAGGUUUCGCAGCGUAACUCAUGCCUACUACAGAGAUGCUCAUGCACUGCUCCUCUUGUAUGACGUCACAAAUAAAACCAGUUUUGACAACAUACGAGCUUGGCUUGGGGAAAUCCGAGAGUACGCUCAAGAUGAUGUCGUCAUCAUGCUUCUAGGUAACAAAGCAGACUGCCAAAGUUCAGAGCGGAUGAUUCGAAAAGAAGAUGGGGAAAGACUUGCUAAAGAAUAUAGUGUUACAUUCAUGGAGACUUCAGCCAAAACAGGACUUAAUGUGGAAUUAGCAUUCAUGGCUAUUGCUAGGGAGCUGAAAGCUCGCAAAUGUGGCAAUCCUGACAACACAGUGUUCAACGUUCAAGAAUACGUUCGGGAACAAACCCAGAAAGGAUCUUGUCCACCGUGCAACACAUAAAACAACCCAGUGAAAAAUAGACUCAAAUUUUAAAACUAAAAAACUUCUGUGUUCAAAGUAUUUCUGUAAGUUUGGUACAACUUCGCAUAAUCAUUGUGUUUCAUACUAAUUUGACCCUAAGGACGUUCUGAAUUAUUGCAUAUUUCGUGACUGUCACAGUAUUUGAUAAGAAAGGAUAUAGAAGAAUAGUGCUUUGAGGCCUUAAUUUGUCCCUGGUCUCUUUGUUUUCUACAAUUUGUUUGUGAUUUAAUAGUGUGUUGAGUGGUUGUCAUAAAUCUAUUGGUUUAUUGUUACACUACAUAAUUGAUUUUGACAUUAGUUGUACAUAUCAAGUAGUUAUCAAUUUUAAAGAAGCUAUACAACUCGAUACGAGGAUAUUUUAUGUAAGUGGACAAGACAUUUUUGUUAUAUCGCUUAACAGUGGUAUAUUGUGUGUUUUGAGAAAGUAAAGUAGCAAGGUGUAAAUAAUAAUUAAAUCUAGGUAAUAUGUUACUUAUUAUUUAUGUAAAACAUAGAAAACAGCCUAGAAAUCAGAUGAAAUAUUUUUUAAAUAUAAAACUGUAUUUUUAAUAAUUACAAACCAAUCUAGCACCCUCUGAAAAUGGCGUCAUUAGUGUCUAUGCUAGAUUUGCCAGACGAGCUUCUGCUAACAGUUUUUUCAUACCUCGAUGUCACUGACAUUGUGUUAUCUAUCAAAUAUGUUUGCAAACGUUGGAAUAAUCUUGCAAAUGAUUCUCAGUUAUGGAAUGAAUUAGAGUUUGAUGUUCAUGAAAACAUGGACAUAAAUGAGGUUUUAACCCUCCUUCCCAAAUUGAAAUUGUUAAAACGAGUGAAGCUAUUUUGUAGUAAAGCAAUUGAUUCUACAAUUUUUUAUAGGUUUAAAGAAUACUGUCCUAAUUUGGUAUCCAUCAAAAUUGAUUCUGAUGAUACAAUUAUGUUGAAUGUUUAUAAUAUUUGGUACAUUUUUGAAAAUUUCCGAUGUAUUAAAUCACUAAGCCUUUCAGAAUUUAAUUUAUUACCUACAAUUAAUGUAAGUGCAUACACAUGUUUGACUGGUAUCACCUCUUUGACUUUGUCAACCCCCUUCUUAUUACCACGGGAUAAUUUCAAAUUUUUUAUUGAUUGUUGUCCCAACAUUGUUUCUCUCAAAUUAGGAAUAAUGUUUGAGGUUUCAGAGGAAGACUUCAUUUUGUGUCUCUCAAAGAUACAUCAGUCCCUCAAGUACUUGUCAUUUAGUGGCAUGUUGAUGACUGACAAUGUAUUUAAGCAUUUGGAGAAAUGUCAACUCAAACAAUUACAUAUUACUGAUUGUUUUCAAAUGACAGAUAACUGUUUAAAAACUCUUAGUACAAUGACGUCUCUUGAACGUCUGAUCCUUGACACUGCAGAUUUGUUUUCAGCGAAAGCGUUGCACAAUUUUUAUCACUCUAGCGUCUCAAAGAAUUUAACCUGCUUAAGUAUUAGUUUUAGAAGGCAAUUGGAUGCUGGUGAUGUAUCUGUAUGGUUGUAUCAAAAUUCAAACAUUCAAAGUACCCAUAAAGAUAAAACAUGUUUUUGUAAAUUGACCAAAAUUGGUUUAAAAGUGUUUGACAUAUCACAAUGAUGUCAAGACAUACCAAGAUGUGAUGUUCGUUGGGUUUAUGAAGUGUCAGAUGAUUUGACCUUUGUGUUACAAAUUCAUAUAUAUAUAAGAAUGGUAUAUCAGUUAUGUAUAACCUUAAUUACUAGUCUAAUAUUGAGGUAGGUACUCGAAAAGUGUAAAUAAUGUAUGGAUGUAUAUCCAAAGAACAAAACAUCAAUUGGUUUUAUUGAUAUUUUUUCUCAUGAUAUAUUGUUUUCAUCCUCAGUUUGUUAUUGUGUAGAUAUAACGAUGCUUGAUGUCUUUGUUUGCAGAUAUUGAUUAACUUAACUUGUUAACUUACUUUAUUUCUUCAUCAGAUUGUUUGAUAUUGAAUAUUGUUCUUAAGUAAAGCUUGUUAAUUUGUAAAACUUAACGUGUAAUGCCUAUAAAGUCGGUAGUGUUGAAUAAUAUAUUUUAUCCGUUAAAUGUCUUUAUCAUUAGCUGAUAAAAUGUUUGCUGAGGAUAAUAAAGCAUACAAACUAAUAUUUAUGUGUAAAAGCCGAAUCUCAAAUCUCAUAAACAUCAAAACUUUGGAAAAGUUUCGGUUUUGAGUUUUGAUAGGCAAGUUUUGAGAUUCAAAAGCUUCUUAAUUGAAGAUUUUGAUAGCUUUGUUCUUAAAACUGCUGAAAUUUGUUGUAGUCAUAAGUGUUGUUUAUAAUACUGUUUGAACACAUACGCUGGGAAAAUGAAUCAAGUAAAUUACAUUCUGGCCUAAAAAAAUUUAAUUGCUAGAAAAACAAACAAUAAAUAUUUCUACCGAUAUUUACUAAACACAAAUGAAUAUUGACCACUAAAUGUUCUAAUGGUUCUUAUUUUCAUGUUUAUGUUGGGGUAUGGAGUUUAAUUAAUCUUAAAUGUUUGAUGUUGGUCAAACAUAGUUUUUAUGUGUUUGAAGUUAAUUAGGCACAUAUUUAUGCUGACAGGGCCAGGACUCAAUUACUUUGAUUUAUUUUUUUAUGCUAUUUGUUUUUAUUGCAUAAUAAACAUUUUGUUAUUAACUAAUUUUGUAAGGUAAACUUUUUACAUAAAAGGUUUUGCGUAUGGGUUUUGAGAUUCGGGAUUUGAUUUAUCGAGUUUUGGUUUUGAUUUUGAGAUUCAAAAUUUCUAGUUUUUGCCAUAAGUUUUAGGUAUUACAACCAAAAUAUAACUUGUCCAAAUAACAAUUGCGUUUCGCUCUCAAACUCUGAAAUAGUCUUAACUCGUAAAAUAAUUUUCAAUGAGUGUUUAAAAACUAUAGUUGCUUUUGACAUUUGUUAAAAUAACGGUGAAGUCUUGCAAUGAAUAAACAAAAAAACUAUGAGAGUGUAAAUGGAAAUCUGUUUAAUAAAGGAUGGUCAUGUAUAGGGAUAAGAGAUAUAUUGUUUAUUUUUUUAUGCUAAUGAGAAUGUUAUGUUAAUGUCAUGUAUUAACUUGCCCUCAAAGUAUGACAGUUUCUUGGAAGGUUUUUCUGUCAAGCGUCAACAAUAUUUCUGUACUUGUUAGCAAUUGAUUUUGCAUUACUAACCUACUGCUGAUUAAAGAUGUUUUAAAUAA